AUGGCGGUCCUGGCCCUCGUGCCCGCCCAGCUGGAGGCCGCGCGGGCCGUGGAGGAGGCGUGUGCCGCGCCGGGCGGUGCGGACUGCCCGCGGGAGGGUUGCUCCCUGCUGCAGACGGCGCGGGCUGCGGGGGGCGGCCGCGAGCAGGCGCUGCUGCAGGCGGCCGCCCACCGCUCCCGGGGCGCGGCGUCCGCGGCAGAGGGAGGUGCCGCCCUAGUCAGGAAGGUCGACAAUAUCGCUGAUACCGUAGAGAGGCACGGGAAGCUCUUCGAGACCAUCCAAGCCGACCUUGCCGCCCUGAAGAAGAAGAAGGUGCUUGACAAGCAGUUCGAAGCCCAUUUGGAGAUCGCCAAGACGCUCAUCAGCCUUGCCGUCGCUAGGGAUGCCAUGUUAAAGUUGCACAACCUGCAGUGCGUGUACUCUGUGAUAUUUCCUGUCGAAGAGGCCAAGGAUUUCAUCGCUCUCACCCGUCUGGAUGAUUCCAAUAUGACGUGGAAGGAUUCUCGCAAUUGCGAACCUAGGCUUCUUCGAGCACGUCCAGAUCAGACCGUGGACGUCGCGCGCAAGCAGAAGUUGCCAGGCAAGUUGUGGGGGCCCAUCCUCCAGGAAGCCGGGCUUGGCGCCAGCGGGCCCACAGGCGUCCUCUUCGCCACCUCCGCUGACGAUGUCUGGGACUUCUUCGCCCUACAGGAGGCCCCUGGCGAGACCUUCAGCACCAUCCCGAACGAGGCCAACCUCGCCGACGACAUCAUCACCGCCGCCGCGAGCGCCUAG